AUGGCCGCAGCUGCUGUAACACUAAGUGAGUGCAAUAGCAGCACCACUACCAACCGCUCCGAAGAUGCGUACCGCGUCUCUACCCCAGAAACCUCCGCGGUGCACGGUGUGGAGGACCCCGCACCCAGGAGGAGACCAUCUUAUAGCGGGGAGCAGGCGUCGGAGGCCAGUUCUGGCACGUUCCUGCAGCAAAAGGACAUUUCCGAGAGGGCUGCCCCUGUUCAUUUCCUUAAGUCCCCGUAUGCCGCUGCGCAGCUGGGAGGGAACCUCUGCCACUCUACAACGUGCGGGAUCGAGUCUUCCCAUCUUGAAGGCUCCCGGAGGCCAAAGAUCCAGUACAACUGGAGCAAUACUGGUAUCAACGAGCCGGAGCCGUGCAUGCAUCAGGACUUGCGGCGGGUGGUCGCUUCUCUCCUUGCAGCUCACAAGGUGCAGGCAGAGGAACUCAAGCGUCUAUGUUACCACUGGAGAGCCCAACAUCGGGCACUACAGGGGAAAGUUUGCAGACUGAAGUCGCAACUACGGCGGCAUAGCGCUCUUUUGGCCUCGUUGGUGGGGUAUAUCCGCAAAGAAGGUCCUGGGGAGGGCCCCCAGUGGACAAUGCUGGAGGCCUGCUUAGCUCGGCUGCAAGGUGAUAGUGGUGAGCUGCUGUGCAGCAGCGCAGAGGAGGCAGUAACAGCAGACGAAACAGGUUGGGAGGCAAGUUAUUUUUUGUCUGACUCUCCGAGUCUCUGGAUUUCAAAGCUUGUUCACUGGUGCGACCGCAUUGAUGGACUCCCCAUUGCCUCUCUAGGACCUGCGAACUCGCUGCAAAGUGAGCCCUCCCACCGCGAUGCGGGUGGCAACAGGUCCUCGGUACCAGCAGUUGCUUAUGAGCGUCUUCGUGGCCGAUAUAGGCGCGAUAGCGAGUCAAAUGAACUCAGCAGCUGCGAGGGGCAAGGCCUGCGGGUGCACCUACUGAGUUCAGAGCGUGGAUCCCUUAGUGCCGCGGCUUUGCGCGAUGCAGAGCGAUUCAAAGACUUUAUUGAGGGUGCAUCUCUGCGCCAAGAGGCCUGGCUGGAGACAUUCUCCUCGUUCGCAGCCACUGCAGCACCGGUGGCUUCGCUUUCAGCUGCAAAAUCAUUGUCGCUUGAAUUGCUGGAUGAGGCAGUAACUCUCCUGGCAUCAGAUCUAUUGCUACUGGUAGCGGAAGCCUUGGAGCCCGAGCAAUCUUUGAAAGCAGCUUCGAUAAGACAGGGAAUGCGCGUCCUAUGCCUUCUAGAGCGUUCAGCAGCUGCCAGGUGCAACAUUAAGUCGGGCAGGCUCCGCAAGGGAACAUCCAUGAAGGUUUUUGCCUUUGAGCCGUUCGCAGUGUGCGUACAGCCCAACUGCGAAAACACAGACGACAGCAGGUGCACAAAGCUCACUAUCCCUGUUUGCUCCUUGCAGGGCCUCAAACUUACCCAGACGAGUGCCUCCCAAGACCAGUGGAGCAGUGCCUUCUCGGCUUCCGACAGAGAAGACUCCCGGGAGACAACCCGGACGGGCGGGGGCCCAGCAAGUAGCAGCAGCAACAGUAUAAGCAGUGACAGCAGCAAUGGUAACGGCAGCAAUCGGAGUAACCCAGACGCUGAAUUGCGGAGUGGCAGCAGCGAGGGUAGGACUGGUGAAGCCCCCUGCCGCGGCACGGCUGACGGCACUCCUGGGCCUCUGCCAACCGGAGAGGGUCUGCAGAAGAGACAACGAACUGUGAAGGCUGAAAAAAGUACUAAAGAGCGCCAGGACGGCACUACCCAUCCUGGUGCCGGGCCGAAACUGUUAUCCUCCGGUGCAUUUGGACGUGGGCAGGAGCAGUUGCAGACUUGCACCAGGGACAGCAGCUGUCCCAGCAAUCAGCCCUCCGAAGGCUCCCAGACCCUUGUUGGCAACAGCAGCAGCAGGACUACUGUGUCCUUACAGCUUGGGCACGACCACAGCUGCCGUUUGAACCGGUCUGAAGGCAGUGCGAGGGCCUCAGGCGGGCCCUGUUCUCCUGGGGCCUCGAGGGCCCCGGUGACAUGGGAGUCCACUGCUACAGCAAAUAGGGAUGAAAUAAAGGCGAAGGAAAAGCUGAGCCAAGAGGCAGGCGUAUCUGAAAGGCGAGGGGCCUCUGGAAUCAGCGAAGGCGCUCGUAGUUCCAAUGUUCAAGCCGUCGAUGGAGCCCCUUGUAGCCCAAAGGGGCACUGUGGGGCUCCUGCAUCGGAAGGGAAUAGCAGUCGCUCAGGAGCUGUGGUUUCUGUGCGCUGCUCCGGGCAAGCGGCUCAACAGCAACUAGAGCGCAUGCAGCAGCAGCUGCCACGAGUUCGUGCUGCAGUUCCAAAGUCAGUGCGACAGCAGCUUCCGGCCUUUGGAUGCCAGGAAUGUACAAGUUUUUUUGAUAUGAUGGGGAAAAUCAGGGGGUGUCCUGGGGCUCCUAAAGGUUGCUCUCACUAUAGAGAUAAGGGAAUACAUGCUGCUAAGGCACCUGAAUCCGACGACGAGCUGCGUGUCGAGAGACUAAGAGCUCCGACUAUCUCCGAGCCACAACAGCAACGCAUUACCUCGAGACACCGGCAAUUGGCGCCGCCACCCUCCACCCCUCCGGGCUACUGGGAUCUCUGA